AGGCCCAUUAGCCAAAGGCACUUACCUGAGUCUCCACAAGGUGAAAACAUUCAGUCACAUGUUUUCAUGGUUGGGAUUUUCUUAUUUUACUCAAUGAGUGUUUGAAUAAGAAGUAAAAGUACACUCCAGAGAGAAGGAGAUGGACAUGUCAGCCAUCCUCCUGGUAUUCUUAUUGUUAUACCUUGGCCUCAAUGAAUGCAGCAAAAUAAAAGCACUAUGAUCAACCUCCCGCUGUGUGUAGCUGCUGUGUGGAUUUUACAAACAGGUGUGCAGGUAGGUGUGGUCUGUGCAGGAGGAUCUGGAAUCAGUGACGAGACCAGAGUUCAUCAGGAGAAGCUCUGAAAAGUUUUGUCUGUCUAACUUGAGAUAAGAUCUUAAGAUGCCGAGGCCAAACUUUUUGCUGAUCCUGCGUGUUGCUCUCUUGUGGGUCUACCUUCUUCUCCCCGUGCUGUUCUGUGACAACCUGCGGUGUUACUACAGUCCCAUCCUGGAGAAGGAGAAGAAGUUUGACCUCAUCGUGACAGAGUGCCCUCCCGAAGAGCUGUGCUACAAGGCAGAUGGACGCUACGGAAACCACAGCGCCCUGUCAGCAAGAGGCUGCAUGGCGAAGAAGGACUGCGGCCAGGUUCACAAGAUCCGCAUCAAGGGAACCGUGUACACUAUGAGCUACAGCUGCUGUAGUGGGCCGUACUGCAACUCCAGCCCGGGGGUGGCAGCCACAUCGCUGUACAUCACUGCAGCACUGGUGACUGUCGCUGUGAUGGCCGGCAACUUGUGAUUUAAAACUCUGGGCUCCUUGAGGUGGAGGGAGGAUUCUUAGGUAGCUGAUACUCUGGUAUCUCAGCAGCCUCUGCAUGAAGCAAUGUAGAGGAUCUGCAGAGCUGUACUGUGUAUACCCAGUCUGACAACACUGAGGUGUGCACCAAGGUGACGGCAGAUAUUUUAACAUAGAUUUUUAAAAUUAUUCAAUGUAUUUUUAUGAUAAUUUAAUAAAUAUUUGAGUGACAAACAAG